UUCUGUCUUUCAUACUAAGCAAUUGUCAUUUCAAUAAACAUGCCUAUCAAUUCCCUCCGAGUGCUGCGUACCCCAUGCAUCCCAACUCGACAAACUCGCCAUUUUCACGCGACAAGACCAGUUCUACUCGUCAAUGAGGUAUUAGACGCCUCUGCCGGCUUCAUUCAUGGUGUCCAUACAGUCUCCUGCCUUCCAUGGGUCGCAUCCAUCCCAUUGACGGCCAUAAUUGUCCGUAUGUCAGUCGGACUACCGCUACAGAUAUACAGCAAGAUCCAAGCACGCAAAGAGCAGGAUGUCGCUCCAAUCAUGACCUCUUGGAGACACAACUACCAAGCACAGAUCAGGAAAGAUGUCAAUCGCUCCAGUGGAGACCCGAUGAUGGCAGGUCAGGCGAACAUGCAGUUACUAAAGAUGAUCAAAACCAAGAAGCGCGCUUUGGAUAAAGCCUGGGGCAUCCAUCGAUUCUGGAAACCUGUGCCUUUCUUGCAACUUCCCGUCUGGCUCUCGAUUAUGGAAAGCCUGAGAGCGAUGUCCGGAAACAGUAGCGGGUUGGUACCGUGGCUCUUGUCGCUGACACGGAGCUCGUCAGAUAUAUCCUUGGCAGUUGAGCCGUCGUUGGCUACAGAGGGAGGCUUGUGGUUUCAAGAUCUUCUUGCUGGGGAUUCAACGGGCAUCCUUCCUAUCUUUUUGGCAGGAUCUAUUAUUACGAAUAUCCGUACUGGAUGGAAGGCUCCUUCCUUCAAAGAAAUUGCCAGCUUGCCGCGGCCAGAAAGGGUCAGACUUGUCUCUUCGCGGCUGCUGAAACUGUUCCUCCAGACUCUCGCCUUGUAUGUUGGUGCUGCGUCUUACGUGUAUCAAAUGCCUUGUGCACUUAUGAUUUACUGGAUCACCAGUACAAAUCUGGCUACCACGCAAUCGCUCCUUUUGGACAAAUUCAUGUUCAAGCGGCCGGGUCUCAAGCAGUGGAGAAAAUUUGCUAUUGGACAUCCUCCUUUGAAAAAGGCAUAAGUGUGUUAAUUUUCUAAAUGCUGACACACUGGAAGCGUUUUGCGGCCAGAAACAAAGAUAGUUAGACCCCGAAGCACGAUUUUGGUUCAGAUACCCCAAGAUAGGCAAGAAAUGAAACAAUAAUUCUAGACACGUCUAUAGUUCGGAUAUAAAAAUGUGAUGCACGGUGGUUUGCAAGUGGGGUCGGUUUGGAUUACUAUAGCCAUACGAAUGCUAUCGAUACAUAGAUGUGAGAGUACUG